AUGACCCUCUCCCAGUCCUUCAAGGACAUGCUGGCGGUGGCCCCGGCGCCAACGCAGCCCAUCAGCAAGACCAACGGCGGGGUCCCUGUGGCGCCCGCUCCCGAGGUCAAGGCUGCCCACACUUCGGGACCCCGCCCCAAGGCCAGCGCCCUCCUGAAGGAGAAGUACAAUCUGAAGGGUGUCCAGGAGUCGGAGAAUGACCGCGCCGAGAUCGUGAUCGUGUGCGAGCCGGAGGGCACCUCCCUGCAGAUGGGCGGGCUCCACCCCCGCGCCUCCCUGUACGAGAAGCCUGUGAACCUGGAGGCGGCCAAGACCGCCCACGCCGAGUUCCGGAACGUGAUGCGGGAGAAGGGGGUGCGCGUGCUGACGGUGCGCGAGAUCCUGGCCUACGGCACUGAGGACCACGUCGGCGCGCGCGUGGACCUGGAGGACUUUGCGGUGCAGGCGCUGACCUACCAGCUGGCCAAGGACGGCAGGAUGGAGGACAUCGAGGAGGCGGACCGGUACUACCUGUCGGACGAGUACAAGCGCAAGGUGCUGGAGCACAUGUCGGUGCCGCAGCUGAUCGACACCAUCCUCAUCAACCCCACCGUGCACCUGGCGCCCUCCUACCGCGACACAGGCCUGACCGCGACCUACUCCUUCCAGCCCCUGUCCAACCUGGUGUACACGCGCGACCAGCAGAUCACCACCUGCCGCGGCGUGGUGAUGGGCAGCCUGCGCUCCCCCCAGCGCGCGCUGGAGGUCAGCCUCAUGCGCUUCUGCUUCGCCAAGCUGGGCGUGCCGGUGGUGGGCGAGGUGCAGCUGCCCGGCUACCUGGAGGGCGGCGACUUCUUCCCCGCCGGCCGCGACCUGGCCCUGCUGGGCAUCGGCCUGCGCUCCAACCUGGCCGCCGCGCGCCAGCUCAUGGACGGCGACCUGCUGGGCACGCGGCGCCUGGCGGUCGUGCGCGACGACUUCGAGCAGCACCAGGACCGCAUGCACCUGGACUGCGUGUUCUCCAUCCUCUCCGACAACCUCUGCAUCAUGCUGGAGGAGAUGAUGGGCGACGCCUCGCCCACGCGCCGCCUGGUGGACGAGUACGUGCGCGGCGCGGACGGGCGCUACGCCCUGGAGCGCACCGACGUCGAGUUCAGCCGCUACAUGCGCGAGCAGGGGUACGAGAUCAUCCCCAUCGCGCCCGCGCACCAGCUCCUCUACGGCUGCAACUGCCUGAAUCUGGGCGAGGAGCGCAUCGUGUCGGUGCACCAGGACACCGCGCGCGCCAUCGUCAAGUCGCCCCACUUCCACGGCGACGUGCAGUGCAUCGACUACAGCCCCAUCACCUCCAUGUACGGCGCCGUGCACUGCUCCAGCCAGGUCAUCAAGCGCGCCGUCCGGCGUUGA